GAGUUUUUUUGAGUGUGUGCGUAAAAUGUUUGUUUGUGUUGAGGGGGAAAAUUUUAAAAUAUUAAUUUUUCCGGGAAAAAAUCAUUUUUGCGCCUUGGGCCUACGCGGGAAAUGCUCCGGGGGGCCCCGGGGAGCUUCAGUAAAAAUUUGGGCGCGAAAUUCGCCGGAUUAAAAAAACCAUUUUGUACGGACUUUUUUUGGCGGAAAUUUUGAGUGUUUUGAACUGGGGACGCCAAACGACGCGGCGUCGCUUCCUGGUCACAAAGAGGGGAGUUUCGCUGGGAAAUUCGGCGGAAAACGCGAGAAAAUUGGGAAAAACUAAAAUGGUGGCUUUUGGAACUACAUUUAGGGCGCCAAUUUCAAAAGGUAGACAAAAAAAAUUUUGUACAAACUUCAAGUUGCUAAAUUCUUUGUUUACAAAAUUAUCAAGGUUUAUUUUUUGUGUAGCAGCAGAGAAAACUUAAAAAUUAAAAAUUAAUUCAAUGCAAAGUCGUGUGCCUUAUUUAACAUGGGAAGAUAGUACAAAAUACGAUAAAAUCCGCGUGUUAAACAUUGAGUAAGAGGAGUGGUUUUGGAUGUUUAUUCAAUGGAUUUGUGUGGUGAUCAUUUAUUUGUUUGUGACAAAAUAUCUCUCUUAUCACGAGAAAAGUGAUAAGACAGCAACUCCCAAGAGCAUCAGCAAGCUCCCCAUCAGUUUCUUACAAUAGUUUCUUAACGGCAAAGCAAUGUCUCAAUAGGAUUUCCAUGCAGAAAAGAAGACAAAAAGAGAAUCACCAACUCUGCAUUUUUCGCUAAAUCGUGGUGAAUCAUCAAUCAGCAUUUUUGCUGCUUUUGUGACGACGAUAACGCGCUGUGACCUCCAAUUUGCCAUUUGGAGAGAGAAAGAGAAGUGAUAUGGAUAUUGUGAUUGUGAAACCCACAAAUCUAGCCAUGAGUCCGGAUCACACGAAAAUUCUCGCAAUGUUUGUUUUGGGUGCUGGAAGUUUCUUCAUUGGAAUGCUCCCAGCGUGGCUGUCGCGGCGCCAACAGCGGAAUCAUCCUCUUCUCAUCUCUGUACUCCUUUGCUUCGGUGCUGGUGUCCUCCUGGCCACAUCUCUCGUCCAUAUGCUACCGGAAGUUAGUGAAAAAUUGCCCCGCUACUCACAGAUUAUCCUCUGUUUGGGUUUCUUCAUUGUCUACGCUGUGGAUGAACUUGUGCACUUCUUCUGUGGCGAAGCCAUUCAGCAUAGGCAUCAGGAUGCCCACAAUGGGGGCCCCGAAGCACGGAUUGCUGUUCCCAAUUAUCAAGCAACAGCACCAGCCAUUGAACAGAGUUCUGCAUUCGCAUCAGCUCCCUCAACAUCGUGUGAGACACAGAGUUUGCUCCCACGGCACUCUGCAGCGGGGUCUCAAGGAGCACGGGAAGAGGGUAGCCUUCGGGAGUGCCUGCAUCGGGAUGAGGUGGCUAAUUCACGGAUAUGCCACGUGAGUCACGCACAACCGUGUGAGGAGACCCUUACGGGACACUUGGGGCUACUCUGUGCCCUUUCACUACACUCCCUCCUCGAGGGACUCGCAAUUGGGAUUCAGGAUUCAGCUUCUAAGGUAAUACUCCUGGUGGGAGCGGUGGCAGCACACAAGUACGUUGUUGGCUUCUGCCUCGGUGUGGAGUUGAAUGCCAACUCUCGAUCCACCGUACGAUCGCAUUUCUUUGCCAUUCUCAUCUUUGCCUUUGGUUCCGUGGCGGGAAUUGGCAUUGGGAUGGCACUUGUGGAUCUACAGUCAGCCUGGUCAGUGACAAGUAUUCCCAUUCUCCAGGGCUUAGCAGCUGGUACCCUCCUCUAUGUGACUGUGUGCGAAGUGAUGCCACGCGAGAAGGCACGCUGGCACCAGAGACGCAGAUCCGCAGGACUGGCGCAAUUUCUUGCCGUCAUCAUUGGCUUCAUCAUCCUCACAGCUAUGACUAUGUUUAUAAGUGAGUUAGAACCACUCAAAGUUACGGAUUUUAGUUAAAAGAAAGAAAAACAAUUAAGAAUCUCCCUCUAUAGUAUAAAUAUUUUUUAUGACUUUGCAGCUGAAUGAGCGAGAAUUUAUCCUUCUCUCACAAAAACUUUCUCAUGUGUGAGGUUUUUUUUACGUGGCCAAAAUGAAAAACACAAAAAUAUGUUUUGUAUGACGAUAAAAAAAUAAAUAAAAUCUCAACAUAAAAA